AGAGAGAGAGAGAGCGAGCGGGCUCGCCGCGCCUGAGCAACCCCUGUCUGUCGCUGCCGCUGUCGCCUCGGCCGCCGCCGGCCCGGACUCGCCCAGAGUGCAGGGUGUGUGCCCCGCUGCGCGCGGAGCGCGGAGGCUCCUCCAGCCCCAGCUCCUCGCCCCGGCCCGCGCGCGGGUCCCGGAGGGCGCCGACCCCACCAUGCAGCUGCAGUUCCGGAGCUGGAUGCUGGCCGCGCUCACGCUGCUUGUGGUCUUCCUCAUCUUCGCAGACAUCUCGGAGAUCGAAGAAGAAAUCGGGAAUUCUGGAGGCAGAGGUACAAUCAGAUCAGCUGUGAACAGCUUACAUAGCAAAUCUAAUAGAGCUGAAGUUGUAAUAAAUGGUUCUUCACUGCCAGCUGUUGUUGAUAGAAGUAAUGAAAGCAUUAAGCACAGCAUCCAGCCAGCUUCAUCCAAAUGGAGACACAACCAGACGCUCUCCCUGAGGAUCAGGAAGCAGAUUUUAAAGUUCUUGGAUGCGGAGAAGGAUAUUUCCGUCCUUAAGGGGACCCUGAAGCCUGGAGACAUUAUUCAUUACAUCUUUGAUCGAGACAGCACAAUGAAUGUGUCCCAGAACCUCUAUGAACUCCUCCCCAGAACCUCCCCCCUGAAGAACAAGCAUUUCCAGACUUGUGCCAUCGUGGGCAACUCGGGUGUCUUACUGAACAGCGGCUGUGGGCAGGAGAUUGACACGCACAGCUUCGUCAUCAGGUGCAACCUGGCUCCAGUUCAGGAGUACGCCCGGGACGUGGGCCUCAAGACAGAUCUAGUGACUAUGAACCCGUCAGUCAUCCAGCGGGCCUUUGAGGACCUGGUGAAUGCCACGUGGCGGGAGAAGCUGCUGCAGCGGCUGCACGGCCUCAAUGGGAGCAUCCUGUGGAUACCUGCCUUCAUGGCCCGGGGUGGCAAAGAACGUGUGGAGUGGGUCAACGCUCUCAUCCUGAAGCACCACGUCAACGUACGCACAGCUUACCCUUCCCUGCGCCUGCUGCACGCAGUCCGAGGAUAUUGGCUGACCAACAAAGUCCACAUAAAAAGACCAACUACUGGCCUCUUGAUGUAUACCCUGGCCACACGCUUCUGCAAUCAGAUCUACCUCUAUGGCUUCUGGCCUUUUCCACUGGAUCAGAAUCAGAACCCUGUCAAGUACCACUAUUAUGACAGCCUCAAGUAUGGCUAUACCUCCCAGGCCAGCCCCCACACCAUGCCCUUGGAAUUCAAGGCCCUCAAGAGCCUGCAUGAGCAGGGGGCAUUGAAACUGACUGUCGGCCAGUGUGACGGGGCUACGUAAGGAUGGCAGCGCAUGGGACUCAAUGGCUCACUUUCCUGCCAGCUACACCACAGGCAGAUGGGAGUCGGGGUGGCACAAACAAUAGAACAAGCAGGCUAGUGGUUUUCUUUGUUAAAGUGUAAAACAGUGACCAGAAUAUAUAUAUCUAUACCUGCAUAUAUAUAUUGACCUGAGUAUUUAUAACUGUGUGGUGUUCAUCUAGCAUUAGGCAGAUAAGCCACAGGAAGAAGGUGUGGAGAACCCACCUGGACCAGAUGGAGACUCAGUCCAUCUUUGGGGGCAGAAGGACUUGACAUGCAAAGAAGCCAGUCCCAUGACUUUGAAUGACAACCCGCCUCCUGGGUUGGACAGAUCUCUGGGCUCGUGGAUGAAUGGAGAGCCGCCUAUUGUCAGCUUCCCCGAACCUCUGAGUGAUGUGGAUUCUGGGUAGCCCAGACUCAGAAAGGACAGUGUGAACCAGUCUAAAGAGGUACAGUUCAUGGAAGAGAGACUUGGAGAGUUCCGCUGGGCAACGAGGCACAAGGAGACCAAACAUCAGAGGUCACAACAGAGCUGAGGACCUUGUUCAUGAACUUGAGAGUGCAACUUGACGUUCCCAUGGGUAGCACCUGCGUCCCAGCCAGGCCUUCACAGCUCUGGAGAGAGGCUGGAGGAAACUCAAUGGACAGCCCCAUAGUCUGACUGGACAAGUGCCGUCCAGAGCUUAGUAGUGGGGAGCAGCAGAUGGUCCUAAAGAGGUACAGUGCUGUAAAUCAUGGUUUUAGAAACUUGAGACCAUCUAGGGGUUUGCUCCACCUCAGAAAAGGACAAAAGAGUGUCCAAAAUAUGGUUAUUUUGUUGGGUGUGCUUUACAGCAACGGAGGCCUACCGAGGAGGAAGUGAUCCUGGGGCGUCAACUUCCAGGUUAGCCUUCAUCUCAUCUUCUAAGAAUGUCACAUGAGGGAACUCUACUGUCCUGUCUACCACCAGAAAGACACAGCGAAUGCUCGAAAGGGCGCAGUCACCAUAGGGAUCAUCCUGUUCACAACGUAUACCAUCGCCUUUCUAGGCACCUCACAGAGCCUCAGACCCGUACUCCUGAAGACUGUGGAGCACCCGGUUCUGGGUCGCUAUGGUCACGCUCUGUUUGCUUUCUGCACCCUGCACUCUGAGGGUCCCCUGCAGCCAGACUGCUCUGUCAGCAUCACCUUCUUGUCACUUCCCGCAUCUUAACAGUCAUCCCUGCCCACACCAAGCUCCACACCGUGGAGAUUUUCAGCUCUUCUGGGAAAGGUUCCAAUGUCCACUCUACACACCUGCUGACCCCCCACCCCACCCUCACACAAGCAAUGACUGCAGAGUUUUUGCAAAACCUUUUCCCCCCUCUAUGAAGAUUCACACUUAAGACUUGUUUUUCUUGUAGAAGCCCAAAGCUAAACACAGUUCCGAACACUGGACAUAAUCUCCAAGGGAAAUCUGGGCUCAAUGCCAAUAACGUAGGGGUUGGACUUACAGGUCACACGCAGCAAAGCCUUAUCCAGCUUGAUUUGUUAGAUGCAGUCCCUUGCCUGAUAAAUAAUGGUUUUUUAAAACAUAUUUGAAAGAUAAGAAAAAAAACUAUUAUCUUGAAGGUGAAUAGAGUUAAGAAAAGUAAUCAAGAUCUGCUCCCAAGCAUAUGAGGCCUGACGUAAUUAAUCAACAGCCAUUCAGAACAACAUUUGCUCUCAACUAACGGCUGAUGGGAAGUGAGCAGAGACAAUGGGGGGACACCCUAGCACCAUUAACCCUGUGUACGGUUCUUCUGGCCCCAAGUCAGGAUGAGGAUCGUACAUCUCCAUGUUUCUCUCUUUAUUCUUGUUACAAUCUGAAGCGUGUGGUUUGGGAUUUGCAUCAUAAAAUGAAUAUUUAAAAAAGCAACAGCCCUAACAGCCUCCCUGGGAACUGAGUGGUUCAGCCUCCUUGUGAGCAGUGGAAAUAAUUAGUAUCAUAUUUUACAUGUCUCCAGAGCCUUUCAUCUUAAGGAUCUCAAAGGCUCUAGAAGACAUUUAAUUUCUGAAGUUUGCAGCGCCCUGGAGGAAUAGGUAAAGUCACCAGCAGGGCCUUGCAUUAGUAAAGCCCUUGGAUGUCGGCGUAGUCCAUGUGGAAUCAUGAAGAAGGCCCAGAAGUCAGGUUCUGGAGGUGACCCUGAACUCCACCCAGCAUCCUCUCUCUCUGCAGAGGAGUUAGAGGGCCAGUUGUCGAACUGGACUUGGUCAGGCUGUAACCGGAUUGGAAAAAGUCAGCAACCCCAGGACUGCCCAUAUAUGCCCUUUUCCUAACUCAGCAGGCCCUAGGCUAUCUAAAUGAUCUGGGCAUAUAGCAGCAAGAGUCUGUGAGCCUUGGCUUUCCCUCUCCUCCUUCUUCUCCAGUCAAGUGUCCUUUACUGCCUACUGAGAACUCCCUGGGCUGGCUUCCAUUCACCUGGGCUGGCUGACCUUGGCUGGCCCCCAGGAGGCACAGCCUGCACUCUUAACCUGAUUGCGGCCACCAUAGUCAACCAUAGCGUCCCAUCAGCCUCAGCCGGUCCCCACUACUUUUGGCUAUCAGUCACCUCCUCAGUCCACCCUCCUAAGCCUGCCAGACCUCCAUUUACUUUGAGCUCCCAAUGACUCCAACCUUAGCCUCUGCCGUCACCAAAAAAAAAAAAAAAAAAAAAGAAAAAAGAAAGAAAAAAAGAAAAAGAAAAAACUAGGCAUUUGCCAUGAUACCUUCCCUCAGAAACUCUUGGCCUCUGCCUCCCACUUACCCUCCAUUCUCCCAUUUCUGAGUAAGUGAGGCUCCUCCUCUGACCAGGACGUCCUUCCUCUCAUAUCUCCCAUUUCUUCACUGGCCCCCUUGCAUUCACCCUGAUUCCUAUAGCCUCUUCACUGGAUUCCUCCACUACCAGACCUUGGCAGGCUCAACUGUCCCUGUAGCCACCAAUCCCCUCGACCACACCUUAGCGGCCCCUCCUAGCCCAUUCCCGGGACCAGCGUCUCAGUGCCCUCCAUGUGCUAACUCGAAAGGCCUCUCUCACUGCACAGCUCUACGUGAAUUGUCCUGGGCAAGAUACUGUGUUCUUAACAUUUUACCCCUCCUAUCCCAACCUCCAUGACCAUUUAUUUAUAUAUUUAUUUAUGUAUUUAUGAGUUAUUUAUUGGCACUCCUACCUUGAGUUGAAAAGGGAGCCAAGGAAGAUCUGCCUAUUUUUCCCUCUCUUCUCCCUGUACUGCAAAGUAGCCGUUCCUUCCAGUAAGAUCCUCCCCACAGGCCCCUGCACGGUGCAUCAGCAGUUCUGUGCCUUCCUUCAGAUCUAGCUACCACCACCCAAAGAACACCUUCCACUCCCCUUAGCCUCCUAGCACCACUGGAUGCUCUGGCCCCAGGAUGACGGGCUGCUUGUUAAACAUACUCUACCUGCUCUGACAUUUGGAACUCAACACAUCUGAAGCUAAGUAGACCAUCCAUCUUCCCUGCACGAUCCUUUGUUUUCCCAUUGGAACACCAGUGAGUCUUUGAACAUCAUCUGGGACCCUACGGUGACCACUGACGCUUCCAUACAUUCCCUCAUUACUCUUCCCAACUAGUCCCAACCGCACCUCUGCUUGACCCAUGGAUUCCUUAGUAGUGGUCUCUCUCCCAGACCUCCCUAAGCAUGCACAAUGGUCUGUACCUCCAGUUCUUCAAAAACCUUGAUAAGAUUCCCCUGGCCCACAAAAAAAUGUGCCCAUCUUUAUCCUAACAUUACAGGGCACCCAAUCAGGUCCCUUCAUACCCUGCACUGGCUAAUCCAGAAGAGUUGUUGUUAGUGGAAAAGGUGCCAUGUUUCCCGGCUCUGUGCCUUUGGCCUUACAAUUCUCAUCUUCUGGAUCACUCUUGAGUUUCUUCCAAGGCCCAUGCAGAGACCACAUCCUCCAUGAAGCCCUCCCUGAUCCACCAUUGCUGGGAUCUCUCCCUUCACGGAACCACCGCAGCACUUUAUUUCUACCUUUCUCAUGGCACUUACCAUAUUCUGCCUUGUAUUAUAGCUACUUGUGCACUUGUCCUCUGUCUGUUCUUAGACUGUAAGCUUGCCAAGGGCAGGCACCAUUUUAUUCAUCUGUAUCCAUCACAGCACUAGGCGUGGUGCAUAGCACACAAGGGUUGCUCAAUAAAUGUUUGUUGGAUUAAA